AAUCAUCGCUCCCGCUGCACACAUAUUGAGAUUCAGAAAUGUCUGGAGCAGCUCCCUCGAGAGGAAGUGCAGCAGCUACUGCAAGCAUGCGGCGGAGAAGAACAACAGGCGGUGGAGCCUCAGGAGGGGCAGCUGGAACCAUGCUUCAGUUCUACACAGAUGAUGCGCCAGGACUAAAGAUCUCUCCAAAUGUUGUACUUGUGAUGAGCAUUGGUUUCAUAGCUUUUGUUGCCGUUCUUCAUGUCAUGGGCAAGCUUUAUUUUGUUCACAGAGAAGCUUGAAGUUAUAGAAACAUAGGGAACUUUAACUAAGUUCCAAGACGGUUGUUUUUUCUAUUUUGAUUAAUAAUCAUAACCUUUUGUU